CCCCAGACAGGACAUGUCUUGCUUUCCUGUCCUUCAUUUUUAAAGCAUAUAUUGAUUAUUCAAGGAGGUUUCACCUUGGCAUUUCACACAUGUGUAGAUUGUGCUUGAAUCAGAUAAUCUCCCUCUAUUACUUUCUCUUUCUCUUUUGCCCUGCUGCCCUAUUGUUCAAUAACCUUCAGUUCAUUUUGUUAUACUAUCUUCAUACACAGAUGCAGUGUGUGACUGUGGAUUUUUAAUAAGCUAAUUUUGGUGAUGACCAAGAUGAAGGAUAGAUGAAAACAAACAAUGAAGUUUCCUUUCCUUUGGCAUUAGAUUGUUUGUUUUGGAAACUUCAAUUUCUUUGCUACUUGUAGUAAACCAAUGACUCUUUCUACGUUCUGGAAUUGAUUGAUACAGUUUCCUUGUGUGUUUAUUCUGUCCAGGUGAUAAUUCUGAUGGUAGAGGGUGUGAAUAUAUUUACCCACAAAUCUUAACUCUCCAUGCUACUGGUUCAUGUUUGUUUGUUACAGGCACCAUUGUGGGGAACGGAGGGCAUUUCAGCAUCAUUAAACAUCUAGCUGCUGAGCCAGAUGCCUGUAAUCCUAGCUACUUGAGAAGCUGAGAUUGGGAGGAUUGCAUGUAGUUGAAGACCAGCUCCAGGAAAAAGUUUCAAGACCCCAUCUCAACCAAUGGCUGGGCAUAGUGGUGCACGCUGUCAUUUUAGUGAGGACAGGAAGUGAAAAUAAGAGAAUCAUGGUCCAGGUCGGACUGGCCAAAAUGCAAAAUUCUAUCUCCAAAAUAGCCAGGCAAAAAGAGCUGGAGGUGUUGCUCAAGUGCUAUAGUGCCUGCCUAGCAAGUGCUAAUCCCUGAGUUCAAACUCCAGAGCCACUGAGAAGAGGAAGAAGAAGAAGAAGAAGAAGAAGAAGAAGAAGAAGAAGAAGAAGCAGCUUAUUUAGUAGUUAGUGUUGUACUACUUAACACUGUACACUUCCACUUAGCACAUCUCCCAGGAUGGCUCAUUUAUUAUUAGCAUAUUUUGAAUCUAUUAUCAAAUUCUACUUUUCUCCAAAGAGUGUCAGAGCUCUGCAAGUUGAUAGCCAAGAUACUCUUUGGAAAUAAUUAUUUUCUAAAAACAGAUGGGCAAUGGUGAACAAAAUUUUAUAAGUUCCUUCACCAAGUAUCCCUCAAAUGGAAGGCAAAUGGGGGGUGGAGAAUUUCAGAACCAGGGUCUUCUGAAUUUCUGAACUCAGGGUCACUUCUAAAUUGUCAGUAAUUAUAUUGCUAAUUUUAUUAUUUGUUUUUACUAAUUAGCUUAUUCUCAGCUUUUUGGAAAUAAGAACUCUCUGAGAAUACAAUAAAGGGAUUGUAUGAUUGAUUCCUCUUCAUCAGGGGUUAGAGAAUUCUCUGAUUAUAGUAAUAUUAUCCAAAGCACUGAGACAUCCCUCAUCCCUAUGAGUAAUGAGAAAUUGCUGGCUCUACUUCAGGUGAAGAUGUGUAGUUGCAUACAAUUUGGUAAACCAAAGGAAAAGACUAAAUAGUGGACUUUAUAUCCCUUUUCCAUAAGAAAUAAUUCCACAGUGACCCUUUCUAGCCUCUUCUACAUAGAGCCACCAACAAAUUUUUUAAAAUUCUUGAAGAAUCUGAAGCAUGAAACUUUUUAAAAAGUAGGAGGUGGCAGAUCAUGGGGAUUAAUGGGAAAUUAGUGCACAAUGGGAACUGAGGUCCUAAUAUAAAUAAUUGUAGAAUAAGGUGAGAUGGAAAAUGUGAUUGCUCAAGUAAGUAAUCCAGGUCCCAUUCUGACCUUUCUACAAAAGUCCAAACGAAGACCUGUGUGCCUUUAAGAGAGUGUGUGCGUGUUAAUGGUGAUGAGGACGCCCAAGUGCCAGCUGGAGGAGUGAGAAAUUUAGUAGUCCUUGUCCAGGAGACCAGAGCUAGAAAAAGUUGUGUUUGUGCAGCUUUUGCCUAAUCACUUAACCUUUGAUUUUCUUAUCUACAAAGUGAGAGGUUGGAUUGGAUUUGGAAAGAAUGCUAUGCUCUUUAGCAUUUUAUACAUGCAUGAAAAAUGUCCUCUGGCUGUGGGCUUUACAAAUCCUUUCCAUGCCGAGCCCGUGCCCAUUUAAACAAACAUUAGCAAUCUUGAAAUUAUUUAUGUUUUAUGUCAUCACUGAUCAAAUGCAAAAGACAAGUCCUUAUAUUAGAUGAGACCUUCCUCUUAGUAUAGAAAGCUCAUGGUUCAGUACCCAUGGAUUGAAUUUCAUAUUUUUUCUGUGUUUUACUGAAAAACAAUGAAGAUUCAGGAAGUGAAACGUGGGGGAAAAUUGUGAAAUAGAUGAAGGAAGUCACAGUAAGUGCCUUGAUAUUAAUAUGGAAAUAUCAAAAUAACGAAUUCUGUUUUCUCAUAAGACUACAUAAAAGAAAGUAAAUGCUGCAUUUUCAUAGGGGAAAAAUUAGAAAGCAUGUGAGAUCUGUGUUUUAAAUGGUACCUAAAGUGGCGUCUUUAGCUCUUAUUCAUGCCCCUUUGCAGUUUUUACCUCCCCCUGCAACACACCUGACACAGAUACCUUCGUUCCUUCGCAAGAUUAAUUUUAGCCCCUCUGCCUCGCUGAAGGUUGAGAAGGAUACACGUGAAUGGCAAACCCCUAGGCACCAUUUUCAUUUUCUUUCUUCCUUUAAAAAAUGAGGGCUGUGACUGUGAGAACCCAGGGAGGGGAGCUGAGAGUGGAGAAGUGAAACCAAUAAGGAUUCAGAUUUCUACUUUCUGGUUCAAAUCAAGUUCUUGAAGCCACCCAGCUUUUUGAAAACCCCUGCUAAUUAAAACAGUGUCUGCUGAUAAUGUAAGUCUGAGAUGCACUGUUUGAAUGGAUCUUUUGAUGUAGUUCUGUGUGAUGGCGAAUAACAGAAGGGAGAUGGAUGGAUUGCAGGCUUUAACUGAGCUGUGCUUUCACAGUGACAUUUAACACCCUGUUCGUGCAGCGAAAUAUUUUCUAGGUCUUCAUUGUGGGAAUUACAAUCAGUUUUUCUUUCCCAAGUAUGGCUCCCCUAAGGGGGUGAUGGAAGUACAAUAGAGAGUCAUGGGCUUUAUUUUGCUACUUGACCUUCAUGAAAAUAAGAGAUGAUUUUGAAAAAAAAAUGGUUAGAGGAUAUUUAUGGUUUAAUUGUUGGUCUUUGCCAUUAUUGAUAACCUAAACAUUUUCUCAAUCAUCCUUUUAUCAAUUUUUUUCUCAGUUAAUGGGCUUUUCCUUGCAUGCGUAGCUUCUGAGGAGGAGGUCACCCCCAGGCUGUUCUCCAAAACAUGCAUGGUACCCUUGUAGACGUCAGAGACCACCUCGUGAUCCGAAGUAAAAACUUGAUAGCAUUCAUAUUAGAAGAAGAUGAGGAGCAUGUGGGAUUUCUUUCUCAAAUCUGCUAUAAUUUCUUUGGGGAUGUCAUGUCACAGUAUGAGGCUGAAGCAAGAAAAGAUCAGCAUGAAUUAAUAGGCUUAGCACAGAGAGCAGGUGCUCUUUUACAAUGUGGGAAGCACAUCUGGGAAACACAACCUUCUUCCAUUCCUAUUUUGUUUUUCCAGUUGAGCUCAGAUUUCAGUCUGAGACUUCUGCAUGUUUUGUCACAGAUGUAUUCAUUUGGUCAUUCAGCUACAGAGCCUCUGAAUGCCUUUUUCCCUGUCUGGACACUGGUACUUCUUCAUGGGGGCUGGGAAAUCAGAGGGAGCCGCUGGUCUGGCAGAGUUCCAGAGAUUCUCUGCUCAGUACCACUUCAUAGUCAAGACUUUGUGGGAUUUGCCUCCCUUGACUCUGACACCCUCCAGGGUUUAGAAAGGCAUUUAUUAAGGUAUCUUCCUAGCAGUUAUACACCUCUAUUUCUUUUUUACCUUCCAGAAAUUUGUAGCAUACCUGCUCAUUUUUAUUCUCCUUCCCUGCCAUAUUUUAUUCUGAGUUUAUUCUUUUGCUCUCAUUUUAAUAGGGUCAAGAGAAGGAUACAAGAGAAAUAUACAGAUUUCAUUGAUCACCUUGAAGCAGAAGUCCUUUGAUUUAUUUUUAAAGCUUUUUCUCAAUGCUUUAUUUGUGUUGAACAAUCUUCUCAACAGGUGAUAAGUGUGUAGUAUCCUUAUCUUUAUUUGUGAGGUGCUACGGUUUGAAAUCUGUUUCCCAAAUUCAUACAUGGAAACUCAAUGGCCAAUGUGAUUGUAAGGGGUUGGGGCAGUUUAGAGGUGUUAAGUUUAAGUUGUGAGGUUGGAGACCUAGUGCAUGGGCUGGGGCCUUAGAAAAGGAUUUAAAGGAGUGGGCUUGCUUUCUUUUAUUUUUCUGUGGGACACAACAAUCAACCCCCUUCCCUGCCUUUUCUUUCUAUCCCUUCCACUAUGUGAAUACAUCUAUGAUGAAAAAUACCAAAAAUACCAGUGGCUUGAUCUUGGAUUCCAGCCUCUAGAACUGUGAAAAAACAGCUUUUUAUUCUUUAUGAAUGACCCAAUCUCAAACACUUUGUUAUCAGAUGAUAACUAGUGUUAUCAUCACUAGUACAAGAGAUGAAAAGUAAUUAUGUGAAGCCUUUGUAUAAGUUGUGCUAUACAGCAUGAAAUACGUUGAUCAGAUAACUAAAAUCAUAACAUUUCUAGAGGCCUGAAAAUUGCAACUUGCCUAACAGUUAUACCAUAGCAAUGCAUUUUUCAUUCUAAUACAGUGAUUUGGGUGAUUAAAUGCAAGGACCCUGGGGUCAAGAUUCAAGUUUAGUGUCUUACAGGGCCAACUCACAUGGAAUAAGCUUGCCUCACAGGGCGUCAAAUGCACAAAAAAUGAGGAAAUAUUUGGAAAUCAACUGGUAAGUGUCAAUAAAUGAUAGCCAUUAGAGAAAGGAGAAUCACGAUGGUGUGACACACAUUACUUCUGACUUGAGAAACCCAGGCCUUGUGAGUGAGGACUGACUGUUCUCUUUAGAAAGAGCCAUGUGCUAUUUCAAGCUAUUAGAUCAGGGACUAGGUUUACAGUAUCACUAGGAAGGCUGCCAUCUCUAAAACUUUCUUAAAUCUUAAUUUCAUCUCUGUCCCGUAAAGAGUGACAACAUUUCAAAAAUAAGAUUGUGAUAACAUGCUGCCUAUUUUUAAAGACAGCAUGGCCGAGUUUCAUUGGGGAAUGGUUAUAUUAGAUGAAUGCAAGUACUAGCUAGGUACGAAUAAGUGGAUACAAUUGUGAGGUGCAAACAGCAGGGGCAUACCUAGUAUGUGGUUCAUACAAUUCAUUAAAAAAUUAACGCUGCUAGACUUAUCAAUGAGGCACACUAGCCUUGCAAGUGUGAGUUCCUCAGUUCAAACCCCUGUACUACCAAAAACCAAACAAAGAAACAAAAAUCCCCAAAACAAAAAAGUAAUGUAUUUGUAGGAGAGGAAGAAUGUAGGUAAGUAGAAAGAGAGAGUGGGAAGGCAUCCUGGUGCAGAUGUGUGUGUGUGUGUGUGUGUGUGUGUGUGUGUGUGCGCAAUGUUCAAGAGAACAUAAAUACAGAGUCAUUAGCACUUUCUUACUUAAGGAAGUUUUUUUUUCCAGUGCUAAGGAUAAAACCCAGGGCCCUUCUCCCAUACCAGACAAGUGCUCUACCACUGAGUUCUAUUCCCAGCUCUCAAAGAACUUUGAAAUCUAGAAGCUAUUUAUCCUGUUUGGAGUUUCCUAAUCUAUGCCUCGUUCCUCCAUUUGGCAUUUUUCUUCCUUACACAAAUUUUCCUAGGAAAAUAACACUUCUAAUAAUUGUUGGGGUUUGAAUCCAGGGCCUCAUGCUUGCUAGGCAGGUGCUCCCCCACUUGCACCACACUCCCAGCCCUGUUUUUUUUUUUAAUUAGGAAUUUUACUGUAAAAUAUAUAGCCUCAUAUAGCCAAUACUAUGGGUAGGAUUUAAACUGGUACUGUUUUUCUGUCAUUGGUCUACGUGCUUCCUGGACAGGUACUUAUACUCCAGAAAGUUGUUUGAAGCAAAGACACACAUACAUAUAUACUUAUAUAUAUGUAUGUAUGUAUAUAUGUACAUAUAUAAUAUAUAUUAUAAUUAUAAUGUCAUAUUGUUUAUAAAAGUAAAAAUUAUUGAACACAGUAGAGACAUUACUUACUAAGCUACGAUACUAUGAUAACAUGAUAUAAGGACAUUUAAAGGCAUUGGUAUUGGUAUAAAUUCCUUUUCCCCUGAACAGUACGAUGUUUGCAAAGUGGAACAGUCCUCUUACAGAUGGACACUCCAUGUUGUAAAACAUUAACGUAGAAGUCAGUGAUAUGUUUGUGCAAUGCCCAUCUCUGUUUGCUAAGCCUUAUAAUCGUAACAGCACACAGAAAGGCAACAGUUCAAUGGGCUGGAUUGUAUUUUCCAGUUUCUCUGAAAUUUUAAAUAGCUCAGAAUGAGUGUUUGGUGAAACCACAAAUUUUAUAGUCUUUCUGGCUUGAUGAGCUGUGUCAGAGAGGAAGGCAAGGCCAUUUGAUGCUUGGUGCUUUCUUCCUCAUUGAGCAGCAGAUUUGUGGAAACCUUGAGUGCUUACAUCCUUCUGCCUGCACAGUCUUGGCCACCAGCAGACUAUAAGCUCUUCAGGUCUGGAACUUUAUGUUCUUGGCAUGUUGUAAGCCUGGGACAAGGAAGUGGUACUUCUGAAAUUCUGUUUGAACUCCAUAGGUAUGGCUUUUAAAUGUGUACAAUUUAAUAAGUGGCAGGGACCCCAAGCUCAAAUUGAAUUCCCCAUAAGAUUCAGUUGCAUCUGAAGUGCUUUGGACACUUUCAAAGCCCUGUUGUCAAGGAACAUUUAGGAAACUCUGAGAGACUCAUCCUGAGGGAAGAGACAAAGAGAUACUUAAAAUUUUGCUCAUGGAAAAUAAUAGAUCCUGAAGGUUGCAGCUGUCCUCCUUCUGACUGAUGUCUAACUCAAUCUUUUCAGUCAUGACCUUGAAUAAAAGUUGUCUUCCAUAAGAUCUUCAUUUGACAUGAAGAGUACUAAAUGCCAGCGUGCUUGGUACUGGAUCAUGACAGCCUCAUCAGCAACCUUGACACAGAGCCCUGGACUCCCUGGGGUGGCCACUGGUGGGCAGCCAUGGCACUGGUAGCAGCACUGCAGGUUUGGUUAUCAGCAGUAGCAUCACCAGAGUGUGAAAGCAAAUGAAAAUGUGACAGGUGGAAAAUGUCAGUGUCCACCUGUCCUUUAGUGCCCUUGAUCACAGGGCAAUGGAUUGAGGAGUCUGUGGAACACGAUAGGAAUGAGUAAAGCUAAAGCCAUAGAGAUGUUAUGUUUCACACUCUUUUGGAUGAUUAAUCUUUUUGCCCCAAGAAUAACCAACCACAACAGGUUGCAUUUAUUAUUCUCUUUUGAAAAUUCCAUGAUACAAAAGUGAUUUUAAGUGUUAGAUAUUUUCAGAUUCCUGGAAAUUCUUUAACACAAGCAGUGAUGACUAGUGAGAUGCUUUUGAAGUCUCUAAAACCUAAGUUUUCCACGAAGUGUUUUUAUAUUUCUUUUGGAGGAGUUUAUGUUGAGUUUAGAUUCUUAAUCUUAUCCUACCAAAAUCCAGGGUUGAGAGACAAAUUAUCUUCCAUUACACUUGAGAAUAAUAGCUACAGCAUGCAAUGAGGUGUGGAAGAGGAUUUUUUGUGCAUUUUUAUUUAUUUAACAACUUCAGAAAUAAAAAUAAUAUUUUUGGUUAUCCUAUGUUUAAAGUCUUAGGUGGAAUUUUAUUUAUUUUGUAGGACCUUUCAAUUUGCCUGAGCUUGCCUUGAACCAUGAUCUUCCUGACCUCAGCCUCUCAAAUAACUAGAACUACAGGUUUGAACUACUGGCACUGGGCUCACUGGUUAUUUUUUAAGGUCUCCUCUGGUGAUUCUGAAGCCAAACCUCUGAUCUUCACAUUUGUCCCCACUAUCAGAAGACUACCAACACACAUUCAGUUGGCUGACACUUCUAAAUUCCUUGUUAAAAUUCCCGAGGAACCAAGUGAUAAGAGUCCAGAAACUGUAAAUAGGCCUAGUUCCAAUGACAACUUGACCUUUAGCCCUGGGAGUCAACAAGACAGAGACAAAGGGACAUUGUCUUGUCCAUCAGAGGCUAGUGGGCAGAAUUCACAAGGAAGGGGAAUUAAAGCAAACGACCCUCUCGGAAUGCAGCAAAGUGACCUCUUCAAAGCCGAGUAUGUCUUUAUUGUGGACUCUGAAGGGGAAGAUGAAACCACAAACAGAAAAGGUGAACAAGGUCCUCCUGGAGGAACAGGCAACAUGGCUGUCAGGCCCAAGUCUCUGGCUAUCUCCUCUAGUCUGGUCUCUGAUGUUGUACGUCCCAAAGUACGGGAGGCUGAUCUCAAGGCCUCAUCACAUCCCGAAAUUCUUCAUGGGGUGGCCCCUCAGCAAAAGCACGGACAGUUAACUUCUUCUCCCACUACCUCUGAGCAGCUUGCCUGUAAACCACCUGCUUUCUCCUUUGCUUCUUCAACUAAUCAGAAAACACCACCUGUCCCAGCUAACCUCAACGAAACCUCUGUUCUAGAGGAGUUCCACACUAGGAGGCUGGAUGUCAGUGGGGCCUUGGUAGAAGAAACGGCCAUGUAUUUCCAAACUACUGCUCACUCUUCACCCUUUUCUGCACUGAAGGGCACCUCCUCAACAGUACCAUUUCCCCAUUCCACUCAACUACCAGAGUCUAAUUUAUCCAGUCCAAGUUCAGCAGAACAAAAACCUGGACUGACACCUGGAGUUCUGAAGAAGACGACUUCAGCCUCGCCUGUCCUUGGUCCCAAAGAAAGUCUGAGAACCUCUUCCCCUUCACCUUCCUCCGGGGCUUCUCUGAAGUUAAACUCAGCCUCUUACAUACCAGUCCGUAUCGUCACACAUUCACUCUCUCCAAGUCCCCAACCAUUUACCUCCUCUUUCCAUGGCUCUUUGUCCACUGUUUGUAGCCAAAUGUCAUCUAGUGGAAAUCUUUCAAAGUCAGGGUUAAAAUCCCCAGUGCCCUCCCGGCUUUCCCUUCUGACUGCUAUCCUCAAGUCAAAUCCUUCUCAUCAAAGACCUAUGUCCCCCGCUUCCUGCCCCACCUUCUCUCUCAACUCCCUGGCCUCUUCUACUCUCACACUUGAUCAAAAAGUAAAGCAAACCUCACCCUCACCCAAAAAGUCUCUCUCAAGUUGCUCCUUAGUUGCCCAGUCUCCAGAGCAGGGAGAGCACCAGCAAUCCUCCCACCUGCCUUUCUUCACCAAGACUACUCCCCUUUCUCAGGUGCUCUCCCUCUCACCCUCAACACCUGUCAGUAGCCUUAUCUCUUUCAGUGUAGAGAAAGCCCCGUCACCCACUUCUUCGAAGUCACCCACUUCUUCGAAGUCACCCACUUCUUCAAAGUCACCCACUUCUUCUUCAAAGUCACCCACUUCUUCGAAGUCACCCACUUCUUCAAAGUCACCCACUUCUUCUUCGAAGUCACCCACUUCUUCGAAGUCACCCACUUCUUCAAAGUCACCCACUUCUUCGAAGAACAGUACAACACUUUCCCCACUACAAACCAACACUUUGAAUUCUGCAGACCUUCCUCCUGCCCCAGCAAGCUCUUCUCUUUCUUCUUCAAAGGGCAGACAGGAUGGUGACUUUUGGGGUCCAGAAAAGCCCAGAAAUACUGACACACACCCUUCUAACCUUGCCUUCUCUGCAUUAUCUUCUGCAUCUUCCCCUGUUAAUCCAAGUGCCCCACUCUCCUCUCCAGAUAAAUGUUUCCAACUUUCUCCAGCCCUUUCAGAGCUGAUAGACAGAGCCAAAAGAGUACCACCCCAGCCAUCAGGACGAAUGCUGACUCCUUCACGUCUCCCUUCAUCCCUCAUCUCUAGUGCUAGCUCUGUCUCCCUUCCCAGUGUGGGGCUCUCUGCUCUCCCUUCUGCUACUCUGCCCACCAAAGCACUCCAGCCCAGUCCUUCAGCACUGCACCCGAGCUGUGCCAGUGGUACACUGCCUUCAAGAACUGAGAAAACUGAAAGCACAAUAUCCAAGCACAGGUUGCCUGUUUCAACCCCUUCACUUCCUGUCUCUCUAACAAGAACCAAGGAGCUGAGUUCACCUUAUGCACUGUCCAUGUCAACAGGCCCUGAAAAUAAGAAAACCAAGCAAUACAAGACCAAGUCAAGCUACAAGGCUUUUGCGGCAAUCCCUACAAACACAUUGCUUUUGGAACAGAAGGCUCUAGAUGAACCAGCCAAGACCGAAAGUGUCUCCAAGGACAGCACAUUAGACCUACCUGUGGAGUAUUCUUCUGAUUCUCCUUCAAGGUCCCCACAGACAUUGUUGGGUUCUGAAACAAUCAAACCUCCUACAACUCUUCCAAGGGCAGCUGGUCGAGAAACCAAAUAUGCAAAUCUUUCAUCGCCAUCCUCGACUGUAUCUGAGAGUCAACUGACUAAGCCUGGAGUAAUUCGCCCAGUACCUGUAAAAUCCAAAAUAUUACUGAAAAAAGAAGAGGAAGUUUAUGAACCCAAUCCUUUCAGUAAAUACCUGGAAGACAACAGUGCCUUCUUUCCUGAGCAGGGUGCUGCUGUACAUCAAAACUGCACCAGAAAUGCUACGAUCCUGAUUUGAAAGUGUUUUAAAAUCUCAGACUGCAAAAGAAAGCUGAAAAUAAGUCUUUAAACAAGUGUUGCAUUACCAAAGAGGUGGGAAAAUGCAAGAGAGGAUGGAGUUAAAGGUGCCAGUAAUUUCACCCACUGGCUGUCUGAGUUUGCAAAGUUGUCUUGUACUAAGUCAGACAACUGCAUGUCAUGUGAAGAGGGGACACUGUGAGUGAAGAGAAAGUGGGUUUUUUUUUUUUAACCAAUACACAGAAAAGAAGGUGGCUUUAAAAUGCUAGGACUCGGGGCUGGGUAUGUAUCUCUUGGUGUUGCAACAGAAACAGCUUUUGAAGUUAAACAGUUUGACUUGAUGGCUGAGUAGAAAAUGGCUUUUUCUAGAGUGGUGAAUGCAUCAGACAUGGUUGUAACAUUAAUUUUUCUGAUGUCUCUGUCAAUUAAGUAGAGCUAAAUCAAUUUAUUCACUGCAUAUUUGUCUGCUAAUUUUUCUCUAAUGAACAAAGAUAUUAUUUGCUUCAUAAGUUUUUGUCUUCAUGAAGUUUUGCAGGAUAUGGUGCCAUAAUCAACCAACACAAUUAAUUUAUUUGAAAAAAUUAAACCCUUGAGAAAAGCUUAAAUUCUUGGAAAAUUUUGUUCUGAGUAUUUUUAUGUUGAAGAAGAUAAUUCUCAGGAUAGUUAAAAGUGGUUUAAUGUAUCUUGCCAGAAAUAAAAGUGGUUUAAUUUAUCUCACCACUAGAAACAUGUAAUUUUUAUGAUCUCUGUAAUUCGUUCAAAACCUAAAACAUUGGAAGACCCUAUAUUGAAUACUGAAGCAGUGUAGAAUGAUAUUCCUUUGCAAAAGUUAAUUAAAGUAUAUUAGUAUAUAUAGUAAGAUUAAGAUAAUUCAUUAGAAAUGUAGGGACUGAUCAGACAAGAUACACAUUUUAUUAAUGUGCUUUAAAAAGUUUCAAACAGAGGUCACACACUCUGGCCUGUGGGUAAAAUCUGGUCCUUCAAUGUUUUUAUAAAUAAAGUUUUAUUGGAAAACACACGGCCCUUUAUUUAUGUAUUGUCUAAGGCUGCUUUUGCCCUAUCAUGGCAGGGUUAAAUAAUUGUAAC